AUGCCCUGCCCGAUAAGCAUCACCAAGUUCGUGGGGACCAUCUCCCUUGGUCUCUUGACGGGCGUCUCCUACACUGUCCAGUCGAUAACUCUACCCUCUCUUGCUCUCCUUCCCUCCGCGUCGCUCGCAGCACGUACACUUGCCACAAUCCAGACCCAGUCGACGCGGCGGAUCCUCACUUUGGCGUCCAUCUCCUCUCUAUCUCUGAUCACCGCAUACACCCUCGCAAGUCCCCGAGGUCGCCACCCAUACCUCCUCUGGACCGCCCUUGUGAGCUUCAUUGGAGGUCAAGGUGUCGAGUACUGGUUCAAUGGCCUCUCACGCUUCCCGUCCUGGGGCAUCGGUUCUCGAUCAAGUGGACAUGUGAAGGCCUCGAGAGUUGCCAGUCCCUCGGCGAGCGACGAGAGCAGUUAUAUCGAAGUGGAAUCAGAUAGCAGUGAAGAGCACCAGGUGAAUGGCGAAAAGGUCGAGAUGGAGAUGGUCCGGGAACGCAAGGUGCAGAAGGUGCGAAGUUGGAUAGCCGGGAUCGGCUUUGCCAUGGGUGUCGUGGGUAUCUGGGGCGAUGGAGCGUAA